UCCACACGUUAGCUAAUGCUAAACCACAACGGAAUCUGCGCCAUAAAUACAGAGUUAAGCUCCGCGCGUGUUUGUUUCGGACUUUGUCUGAACAAGAAACAUAACGCGGCGUUAACAAGUGAUAAUAUCCUUAAAAAAACUAAUUGCAGUUCUCUCAGAUAGCUCAUAUGCUAUCGUAUGCGCUAGCUCAACUCCCAGCAGACCCCGGAAGUGGAGAUGUUUACAUGCAGCCUUUCAGCAGAACAACAAAGACAGCUGGCGGAGAGACUCACGACCUUCCUGUCUAAAUACGGCUACCUGUCCGACUCCUAUAUCAUCGAGUUCUUCUCCAAAGAUCACUGGCACUCGUUGCCCAGCAGGUGGCAGUCUGUGCUGCAGGAUCUGACGCCCCAGCAGGUUGCAGACCUCCUACUGGAUCCCAGGCAUGGAGACAGGAGAUAUCCUUCGGCGUGGCCUUUGUCCCUCCUGGCGUUUCGCGCCACCGCUCACGCUCUGGCGUUCCCCAGAGAGUGCCGGCGGCAGCGAGGCGGCGGUGGCGGUGGAGGCGGCGGCGAGGUGGAGCCGGACGAGUUCCUGGAGAAACGGAGCCAGAGCUCGAUGCUGGGACACAUAUUCAGGAAACACGUCAAACCCAAGAAACAGCACGAGAUCCGCAAGCUGGGCUCGCUGGUGAAGCAGCUGUGUGACCGGACCGACUGCAGCUCCGUGGUGGACGUUGGCUCUGGACAGGGUCACCUGACUCGUUUCCUGUCCUUCGGCUUCGGACUGUCCGUCACCGCAAUUGAGGCGGAUCACACCCUGGUCGCCACGGCGUCCAAGUUUGACGGACAGUUGCUGUGCUCCUUGGAGAAGGAAGAGCAGAAAGAGAACUGCUCCUCUCUGGUCUCGGUGCCUCGCCACGUGGCCGGUUGGGUAAACCCCAAUGCAUCAUGGGAGGCCUUCAUCAAGCAACUAAGUGCCGCAUCACUUGUCAACGAAAGUCCCCCGACUUCAUCCGGGCCCAGCAAAAAGAGGCCGCCGGGCUCCAAGCAGGUCAAACCUCCCGGUUCCCACCCGGCACAGACCUCAUCGCGUCCUGGCUCCACAGAACCUGGAUCCACAGAACCCGGAUCCACAGAACCCGGAUCCACAGAACCCGAAUCCACAUCACAACGGCAGCUCACAAAGACCGAACCCGAGAAAGCGUCAUGCGCCAGAAGCCGAGGCCCGCCGGACUUCGUCCUCACCGGUCUCCACGCCUGCGGCGACCUCAGCGCCACCCUCCUCCGCCACUUCGUCCACUGCCCGCACGUGCGCGGCAUCACCUCCGUGGCGUGCUGCUACAUGAAAACCACCACCAAAGAAGACCCCGACCCUCCGGGUCUGGCUGCUCCGCAGCUGCCGGCGGCGGACCGGGACCGGGACCCCGACCCUUUAGAGUUCGGCUACCCAAUGAGCUCCUGGGUCCGGGGGCUGCCGGGACAUCGGCUGUCCUAUAAGGCGAGGGAGGGGGCGUGUCACGCCGUGGAGGACUACGCUCGGAGGCUGCGGGGGGGCGGCGAGGCUCUGAGGAUGCACUGUUACCGGGCAACGCUGGAGACCUUCAUUGCGUACGCGAGACCGGAUCUGCGGAGGGCGGGGAUCCAGACCAUAAAGAAAGCCCACUUACUGGCAUUCAAUGAGUACGCCCGUCUGGGUCUGGCUCGGGUCGGCCUGCCCCCCGGGUUGCACCUGGACCCGGAGCAGGUGGAGGCCAUGUUGAAGCAGCAGAACCGGGUGGUGGUCUACUUCAGCCUGGCGCUGCUGCUGGCACCGGCGGUGGAGACGCUGGUGCUGCUGGACCGGAUGAUCUACCUGCAGGAGAACGGUGUGGACAGCCAGCUGGUUCCUCUCUUCGACCCCAACGUCUCUCCGAGAAACUUUGUGCUGGUGGCUGUGAAGCCGCGACGUCUCUAGUCGCUCAUCAGUGGAGGAAGCCGCUCUUUUUUUGAGAAUGAACACAACUGGGUUUUUUUUAAACAUGUCUUUUUGUACAUAUAUAUAUAUUUUUUAAUGAAUAAUAAAUGUUAACGCUGAAAGAGACUGUAAAUAAGUGGACGUCGUCGUGGCGACGUCGCCCUUUGGUUUGUGGACGUUUUGAGGCCUCGAGUUCGGCACCAUUGAACAGGAAGUGACCGUAUGUGGACUGAGGAGUGACGUAGACGCUGUAUACGUCUCUGGUGUCGACCCGACCCGUCAAUCACCGUGUCAAAAUUCACUUUCCUGAAACAAACAAAUAAAUUUGACAAAUUGC